CCUCCUUGGGCUGGCAGGAUUCCCGGGGCAGAGCAUGCAAUCAGUUUGCAGGGAGCAGCCUCAGCCACAGGAAAGAUGCAGAAGCACAGUCAGAAGGAGCACCUCUACAAGCUUCUGGUGAUCGGAGACCUGGGAGUGGGCAAAACCAGCAUCAUCAAACGUUAUGUCCACCAGAACUUCUCCCCCCACUACCGGGCCACCAUAGGGGUGGACUUUGCCUUGAAGGUUCUGAGCUGGGAUGCUGAGACUGUGGUACGGCUGCAGCUCUGGGAUAUUGCAGGUCAGGAAAGAUUUGGAAACAUGACCCGGGUAUAUUACAGAGAGGCCAUGGGGGCAUUUAUUGUCUUUGAUGUUACAAGACCUGCAACGUUUGAAGCAGUGACAAAAUGGAAAGAGGAUUUGGACUCUAAGCUGGUUCUUCCAAAUGGCAAACCUGUGCCAGCAGUCCUCUUAGCAAACAAAUGUGACCAGGGAAUAGAUGUUCUUAUGAACAACGGCAUCAAGAUGGAUCAGUUCUGCAAAGACAAUGGGUUCGUGGGCUGGUUUGAAACAUCAGCCAAGGAAAAUAUAAACAUCAAUGAAGCUUCCAGAUGCCUGGUGAAACACAUAAUUGCUAGUGAGAGUGAUCCAGUUCAGUCUAUUGAACCAGAUAUUGUAAAACCACACUUGAAUUCCUCCAAAAUUUUCAGUUGUUCUUCUUGCUUUAAAUCCUAAGAGACUUCCAGACUAUUACAAGAGCUGAACAACUAUGAUUCACAAUGUAUACUUUAUCCAAUGUACCCAUUCUGCCCAGAUUGUCCAUAAGCAGAUUACCAUUUUGUCAAAAAUAUGCUUGAUUUUUUUCCAUAAUUUUUGGCAGCUAAAAUUUGUUAUGAGAUGUUCAUCAAUAGCAACUGUUCAAAACUGUGUUUGGCUACUGGUCCAAUAAUACUUAUGGUGAUUGCCUUUUCCCAGUUGGGUAGCACCAACAGUAAUAUCAAAAUUAUUUCUUUGCAAUGUGGUUUCUGAAAGCUCAUAUUUGUGAUAUGACUGCAGUAAUACUCUGCUUGUCCAUUGGUCCUCCAGCUCAUCUUCUCAAUAUUCUCAUCAGGCAACCAUGAUUGUUACACUUUUUUGUCUCUACUCACUUUUGAAUGAUUUUGUUUCACACACGGAAGAUGAUGAUAACAAUGAAAAUACAGUAAUUGAGAAAGAGGCAACAGAAAUGUUCACAAUUAAAUAUUCCCAUUGCACGUUCAGUCUCCUGGGUGAAAUGGCAGGACAGAACAUGAAGCAAUCCUCCACAUCAUUCAGUUAUCCAGAAGAACUCAGCUUGUAAGACUGAACCCUGAUGUACUUUUUGCUGCCCCUUUCUGAAGAGUUAAAUUCUUAUAGUUGUUAGCAUUGUCUUCAGGUGAAGCAAGACGAAACAAGUCAAGGGCUGUGGGAGACAAAACAGGGAAUCAGAGGUACAGUGACAUAGCUGAAGUAUCUGAGAGUUUUCAGAAAGGUUAUCUAUACUAAAAGGCCAGCAUCUCCUCUGAAAAAUACUCAGUGGGUUUGUUUCUCCCUCUCCAUCCUUCAUGCUGCAGGUGUUGUUCCUAUGUGUUUAAACUUCGUAUAUUCUGUAAGUCCCUGCAUGCAUCCUUCCAUUAUGUUGAUUCUCAUGUGAAUAUUCACUAUCCACAGUAUAUUGUAACUGUUGAGCUUUUCAGGAACACACCUGUAUUGAACAGGAGGUUAUUUGCUUUCUGAGAGCAUUGUUCUAAAAGAUACAGUUGUAUGAAAGGUCAUAGGAAACAGAAUGAAACAGACCAAAGAAAUUCCUGGAAUGCAUGCAGAAUUUGUUGAGCUGUACUAUGAAAAUAUAAUGGCUGAUUCAGAAUGUCACAAAUUAUGUAGGUUGGUGUAGUCAUUCAGACAAGCGUGUCUAGACAAGAAGUCUUGGCAUCUGGCUGCAAGCCUUUACAAGACAAAAUUUACCUGUCUUCUGCCAUAGACAAAUCACUUCCAUUUUCUUCUUCCUACUCAGCUUUCUCCUUCCUAAGCUGUGAACUGUCAGUGGCAGGAGCUGUCUUCUGAGACGGGUUUCUCUCCUUAGAGAAGUGUAACACCGUGGAGGCGAGGCAGAAUCUCAUGACCUCUUGUGUUUGAAAAAAAUCACUGCAAUAUUUCACUGAAAACGUAGAUGGAAAUGAAGGAGUAAAACUUUUAAAGCUGGUAAAACAGAUGUUGUGUAGGAAAAAAUGAAAUAAACAAAAAAAAUCCUCAAGCUGACCUUAUCCUUUCGGACCUGCUCAUGUGUCUCUUAAUUUGAACCUAUCACUGAAUGAUGUAUUACUAUAUAGGUGUUGCAGAGGACAGCCCGGGACAGAUACAUAGCUCUUUAUGCACUCUUCCUAGAGCCUUAAACUGUUAUAUUUUUGUCACAGUAAUAAGAAAGUAAGGUCUGUGGUUUCAAGAAUAAAAAGCCACAUUCAGAAUUAAUCUGCCUGGACAUAUAGAUGAAAGGAUCCUCUUAUGUCAUGAGAUGGCUUUUUUUUGAGGAGAGUAAUUUUCAAGUUUUCUUGAUCACAGUGUUAUCCUUUAAUAGCUGUGUCAAAUAUCUUUUAACUCCUGCUGUGAUCCGGGUCAAAUGUCUUAACCUUUCUGCCUCAGUUUCCUCAUCUGCAAAAUAGGGAUUGAUGUACGCACCUACCUCACAGCACUCCUUGAAAGUUACUGUUGGCACUGUGCUUCGAAGUUAUAUGUUAUACAAAUGCCAAGCUCUAUUACUGCUCAGAAUGAAAUAUGAGUACCCUCUAGCAUAAAUACAUGGUGCUGUAAUGCCGUAAUGUUCUAAAUCUAUCCAAGGCUUGUCUGUGUUGCAACAAUUAGCUUCAAUUAUUCCACUUCAGUUAACCUAGUCAAGGUUAUAAAGCAAUGAAUGACUGCAUGGGAUGAUUAGAUUAGCUGCAGAUGGGUUGCAAGGGGAAACUGUGGCUGCACAGAUGUCAUGGUACUAGUUUAAUAAUCUCAGCAACAAAGCUCCAACUCAGAACCAGCACCAGAUCAGUAAUUUUACAUUUAAAGCACUAUUUAAGUCAUAUGGGUGCCUCAUUAAGGAUGACACCUAAUUCAUACCUGGAGACAACACAAGUGACUAGAUAUUCAGAUGGCUUCUAAAGGGCUAAGUUUCAUAAGCUGAAUCCUGUACUUUAGUUAUAAGUCUGGAUGCUUCAAGUAAAUAAGAGGAAUUUGUCAUUUCUUAAAAAAAUUAUUUUGCUCUCAAAUUGCAACAAACAUAGUAGUUACUAAUUUGUUUCAGUUAUCUUCAAAUUAACUGUCUUUGAUGGGGUCUAGCCAAUAUUCAUAAAGUGUAAUGAUACCUGUUAAAAAUGUUUGAGAGUUAUGGAUAAAGAUCUGGUAUAACAGUAACCAAAAAUACCCCAUAUGAGCAAAACACUUAAAGGACAUAUGAAUUUUUUAUUUUUUUUUCUCCACCAUAUUUUAUAAACCUGCUUUAUACUAUGAACUCAUCAUCUAUUGCCCUUUUUUCUGUUGUGUCAGACUUCACUGCAGUCAUAAUUGUGGGGCAGAUUUUCCACCUCUGGUAGAUGGUGGACAGAAUUUGGCCAAUUUCUAGACUAAGGAUUGUAGAAUAUGUAAAUUCUAAAGUCAUAGAUAUUUACAACAUAAGAAUUAGAACAGCAUCAUGAAGAAUCAGGCCUCCUUAGGAGGUUACAUAAUUCCAAAUGCUCAUUUCGAUUUGUACUGAAGUGAUAAGAAUCUGUCAAGUAUCUUUCUACAAUGCAAUAAAUGUGUGAAUGCCACCUGGAUAUCUAGCAAACAAAGCCUUCUUAGAAAGGGUUGUCAUACGUAGACCAGAAUAAAAGCUUUAAAUUGGCAUUAAUGAGCUCAGUUUGCACCAAUACCCUUUUAGGAAGAAAUGUAAAAUUUAAUUAUAUUGUGUAAGUCUCUAACAGGUUGGAUUUCCUUGUUUUUUUAUUGAUACAUUCUGUGCUAUGUCCUCUUUGCUGGUCGUUAGAGACCAGGCAUCUUAAUUGCACUGCCAUUUUAAAAUGAAACAUUUUUGCCCUCUGCCUGCAAUAAGCAAUAACAAACAUGAGUCUCUAUUGCCUUCCACAUCAGCAAAGAUACUGCAAAGUGGAUUUAAAACUCAUUUUCAUUCUAGUUCUCCAUAAACACCCCUCUGGGUGUCCCAGCACCUAGAACCAGAGGCUGAUGUGCAAGUAGGUUGUUGCAUGCUAGGGAUCAUCCCAAAACACUCAUGAAAAAUGUUGGUUGAGCAUCUCCACCACACAGCUUGAUUUAUCAACUCAGCCACACCACUACUAAUGACAGAAUGUCUUUCAUUUUCCAUCUUUGAAACUCCAUACAUAAAAACUCCUCAUGAUCUUAUAUAUCUUGGGAAGCAUAUACAUAUUACUAAUAGAAAAUGAAUGGAGUGAAACGUAUAUAUUACUCCAUUAUUCCAGAAAGAUCAUAAUUUAUUAUGGCUUUGAACAGAAAGCCAUUUGAACUCUGAAAAUUAGGCUUUGUUCUUUUUACGCACCGUGGUUUUACGUCAUAUAUUUUCAUCAAACUUUCCAAUUAAGGAAUAGUUGUUCACAACGGUACUUUGUGUAUACAGCUUGACUGGUUGUACAUCAAUAUUUUUAUCUUCAAACUUUUGGGGGGCUUCUAUUUUAGCCUACCUGACCAUAUAAAACGGUGAGGGGGGGAGAAGGUGAGUGUUUAAAUAGCAAUUUUGUUUUACUUCUUAAAACAGCUUGUCGAGCUGUAUAAAGUUGGUAAAUACAUGGGUAAAUGCAAUUUUAUGUCAAUUGCCAGGAAACAAAUCAAUGAAAAUAUAUUUUACUGCACCAAUAUUUAUGCA